AUGAACAGCCCAUCCAAGCGACGAAAGAAGAAUGAUGGCUCAGGGAAGCCGACGGACAUCACCACGAAGAAUGAUGUCGACAAUGCGUCCUUGCCGAAUCGCACUAUACAAGAGACGUCGAAAGCUGCACCCCCAAAGCAGAAGAAUACUCUUUCCCUCCAAUCGACUGCUUCCGAAGAAGAUACCAUAACUGCAAACAUACCUUUCGACCAAAGCCCGCUCGAGUUCGAUCCUCAGGACUAUAUACCAGACCUGCAGAAGCACUGGGUGGCGGAUGGAGGUCAUGCGACGUAUGCGCUUCUUACACGAUGUUUCAUCCUGGUCAACAGCACAACGAGUCGAAUCAAGAUUGUAGAUACACUGGUGAACCUGCUACGAACGAUUAUCGAAAGCGACCCCGGUAGCCUGCUCCCCGCCGUCUGGCUUGCAACGAAUGCGAUAUCGCCACCGUACAUCGAUUUAGAGUUGGGACUGGGAGGAUCAGCCAUCUCAAAGGCCCUGAAGAAGGUGUGCGGUCUGGACAAUGCGGGGUUGAAAGUGCUGAACAACAAAUACGGAGAUGCGGGCGAUGUGGCGUUUGAGGCGAAGAAGAAGCAGUCGUUUACGCUGCGCAAACCGAAACCGCUGACUAUCAAGAGCGUCUUUGAGUCGUUGGUCAAGAUUGCGAAUAGCAAGGGACAUGGCAGCGUGGAGAACAAACAGAGAAUAGUGGAGAGGUUGGUACAAGAUGCAAGAGGUGCGGAAGAGAGUCGAUACAUUGUCCGAACGCUCGUACAGCACCUGCGCAUCGGCGCCGUGAAAACCACCAUGCUCAUCGCAUUAUCGCGAGCCUUCAUGCUCUCAAAACCCGCAGGCGCCGAAUUCGAAAUCCGCAAUCGAAAAGACAUGGCAAAGCUCAAGAAAGAAGAGUUGACGGAAAUUUACAGCAAAAACGAGGAAAUUGUCAAGGCAUGUUUUGCUCGACGGCCAAACUACAAUGAUCUGAUACCCGUACUUUUGGAAAUUGGCGUCUGUGAGGAGUUACUCGUACGCUGCGGGCUGGCACUUCACAUCCCACUAAGGCCCAUGUUGGGUAGCAUCACGCGCGACAUGGGCGAGAUGCUCACCAAGUUGCAGGGCCGAGACUUUGCAUGCGAGUACAAGUACGACGGGCAAAGAGCGCAGGUGCACUGCGACGACAAGGGCAAAGUAACAAUCUUCUCGCGGCAUCUAGAAGUCAUGACAGACAAGUAUCCCGAUUUAGUAGCUCUGGUACCCAAGAUACGAGGAGAAGGCGUGUCGAGCUUUAUCCUCGAGGGCGAAGUUGUAGCCGUCGAUCGUGAGAGCGGAGACCUCAAGACAUUCCAGACACUAGCCAACCGGGCGAGGAAAGACGUUGUAAUAGGCGCUGUGACAAUCGACGUCUGUCUUUUUGCAUUCGACCUCAUGUACCUGAAUGGCGAGGAGCUACUAAACCGACCGUUUAGAGAGCGAAGAUCACUCCUCAGAAGCCUCUUUGUUGAAAUCCCCCACCACUUCACAUGGGUCAAGAGCCUAGACGCUACAUCCACCGAUGUCGAAGCCGUACAAUCCUUCUUCCAAUCCGCGCUAGACAUCAAAUGCGAAGGCAUAAUGGUAAAACUCCUCGACAACAACAACCUCCCCAACCCAGACCUCCUCGCAGAAACCGACCAAGCCACCACCCCUUCGCUCCCACCAACGCCCCAAAAACCCAAAAAGAAACCCACCAAAACCUCAAACCCCACCCAACAAGACAACCCCCCCACCACCACCAAACAAGCUCGCCGCAAACCCCUCCUCUCCACCUACGAACCCGACAAACGCCUCGACGCCUGGCUCAAAGUCAAAAAAGACUACAACACCACCACGUCCGAAACCCUCGACCUAAUCCCCAUCGCCGCCUUCCACGGCUCCGGCCGAAAAGCCUCAUGGUGGUCCCCGAUCCUACUCGCGAUCCGAAACGGCGAAUCCGGCCAAUUGGAAGCCGUGACAAAAUGCAUGUCGGGCUUCACAGACGCGUUUUACAAGGCCAACCGUGCGAAAUACAACCCCGAUGAUGCGGAUUGCACGGCGGUGCUGCCGCGCAAACCGAGUUAUGUGAGUUAUAAUGGGGGUGCGGGGGAGCCGGCAGUGUGGUUUGAACCGCAGGAGGUGUGGGAGGUGGCGUUUGCGGAUUUGACGCUGAGUCCGACGUAUACGGCGGCGAUGGGGUUGGUGAGUGGGGAGAGGGGGUUGAGUACGCGGUUUCCGAGGUUUUUGAGGGUGAGGGCGGAUAAGGGGGUCGAGGAGGCGACGGAGGCGGGGGAGUUGGCUGAGUUGUAUUGGAAGCAGGAGGCCAAGGGUCCGGUGAGGAAGGACGAUGAUGUUGUGGAGGAGGAGGGGGAGGAGUGA